AGGAGCAAUAUUUAAAAGUUUACAACUGGAGUACAUAUACAAUGAACAUGCAUGUCAGUGUAGAGUGCAAAGACUAUUAGACAUACCAUACACAUACACGUAAUAAUGUGUAAUAUGCAUGGACAAGUGAUGGGCCUAUCAAAGAAAUGUAUUCAACAUUUGAUCUUUAAACAAUCUUGGAGAAACAGCCAACAAUUUUCCAUCAUAAAGAGCUUGAAAUGGCAACAGUGUAGUUCUAGGAACAAUGUAGCAUUAGUGAUUCCCCAGGUUAAGUUAAUGAAUACAUGGAGCAAUUUGAAAAUACCAAACCUAAGGAAGACAAAUGAAAUCAGAUAUGUUCCUGUCAAAGAUAGAUACCAUAUACACAAAGGUGAAAUGGUUAAAUAUAGAUCUGAAGAAAAUGGAUAUCUACACUCAGUUCUUGAAUCACUUCCUGAAUAUUUCACACACCUCCUAGAAAAGAGGACUUCUGGUAAUAGUCAAUGUGAAACUCCAGUUGAUCAUAUACAUCAGGAAAUUAUCAAAUUUAAUGGAGCAAAAAAUGAAGCUACUUCAACAGUAAUCGAAAUCUUAGAAACGCUUCUCAAUAGCCAGGAGGAAGAUAUAGCUUUGGAAAUGUCAUCUCCAGAAUUUGAGAGCUUCACUCUUAAGAUAGUGCCAUUGUUAAAAAGAAAUGGGAAUAGUGACUUAGUUAGGAUCAUUACACUCUUGAGUCAGUUACCAUUUGAUCAGUUGCACAGAAAGAUUAAGGUUAAGCAGGUGCUUUGGAUGGGGCUGGAUGAACUGCUGACUUCGAGAACUCUUACCUUGGACAUGAAGGAGGUCUUAAAAUUAUUGGACUUUUUCUAUUUACUACAUUUUAGUCCAACAAAAUCUAUGAGGUCCAUUGAUCAUAUAUUCAAUAAGAUUCAAAUUCAUCUUGAUGACCUUUCAAAGAUUGACCUAGUUUCUUUGAUGAUGGCAAUGUGUGUUAUUAGAAAAGGACCCCCAGAUGUAGUGACCAAAAUUGAACAACGCAUAUGUGAAUCUAUGAAAAAUACCAUAUGGACGGUCGAAGAAAUGAUGAUAGUAUGUUUAGGUUUGUUUAAAUCUAGAAAUAAACUAACUAAUCCAUCUCUUCACGUCAAACUUCUUAGGCAAGCUAUAAAAGACUAUGAACAAUUAACAUCAAUCUGUAAAGGAGCAAUCAUCAAGAUAACAAACUACUCUGUAGGAAAAUUUGUGAAAAAGAAUGACCCGGAAAUCUAUAAGUCUAUCCUAGACUUGUUCACAGAGAUAUCAAAUGCAUCAGAUCAGCUAGAGAAUCUGGAGAUGGUAGUACUUAACAACAUAAUGCUCCUGUCCAUGAACAUUGGCUACGUUGAUGCUAAUAUUUUAAAAGCCUAUAAGACCAGAGUUAUGCAUGAUGAUAUGGCGUAUAUGAGGGUCAAGGAAAUUGCCAGAAUCCUUCACAUUAGUGCGUCAUUUAGAAUGAACAGCCAAGAGGAUACAGACCUAUGUCUUAAGUUUCUCAAUGAGCUUGAAAGCCCUCAUCGUGAACUUGAAGCAAGUCAAUUCCCGGAGAGUAUCCUCCAAGCCUUGGUUGCCCUGUCCUAUGAGGGGAUCUACUCAGUGAAACUACAAAAUCAGCUUUUUAGCAGCAAGAGCAUAGCUCAUCUCAAACGUUACUAUAGCAAAUACUUUGUGAGAGAUCUCUUCCAACUAGAUUGCAGUAUCAGCAUAGAACGUCCUAGUUAUAAUGGCAACAGGCUCCCAGAAAACAUCCUCCAAGAAAACAUGAUAGCUGAGUUGAAACCACAACUUCCCAAUGUGUCACUGUCAGCCAGAUACAAGCAAAGCACAAGGGAAGGAGUACUGCUGGACAUUUAUGCCAUACUCAACUAUAUAUUUGUUGACAUCGAAGGGGAAUUUAUGAAGGUGCACCCAAUACUUCCUCAUUUCCCAAAAACCCCAGAGAUUGAGAUUCGCUACAAAGGUUCUUUACCAAUUCCCAUUGAAGAAUGGUCCAAAGAAGAAUAUACAGAAAAGGUUGCCAUUGUGAUAUUUUCGCCAACUUCAUUCUAUCAGUACCAAGAACAUUCGACAGAUGGCACAAGUGUUCCAUCCUGGCACUUGUACGGCAUAAGCAGACUUCGAUUACGCCAGCUUGAACUUCUUGGGUACAGGGUGAUACAGAUGAAUCACUUUGAUUUAAACCGAGCACGAAACCAGAAGAAAUAUGUCGAGACGAAGAUUUUCCCUAAUUAUGAUGACAGUAGUUUGUCUGAAUGAACCUAUCAGGCAAUUUGUGAAGAUGCAGUAUACAGCUACAGCCAACAUGAAUAUUCCAAUGAGAAUACUGUAAAUAUCCAAUGGUCAUGUUGUAAGACGUAAAAUAGAACACAACAUAUAUGAAAGACACUGUUUGUGUUAUUUGUAUACAAAAUAGUCACAGUUUGUGUUAUUUGUAUAUAAAAAAGGCACUCUGUGAGUUAAAGAGGCACCAUCUGUGUUAUUUAUGUAGCUGAAUCAUUCUGGUUUCCUUGGCACUC